AUGACCAAACACGAUGCUGCGUACCACUUUAUACGCGUCGUAGACAUAUUCCUUGUCUUCUUCGGGAAGCUUCGGGUCAACGAGAUCUUGCAAGUCAAUGUUCCUGAGCGCCAGCUUAAGCUGGAAGUCCCAGUCAGAGAAGCUCAAACGGACAUCCCUUCGAAUGAGACAAUCACGUCCUACUUCGAAUGUCAUGUUGACCAAUGGAUUAGAGUGGUUGACACGGGUAUAUUCGACAAAUGGCGUGGUAUAGCGCGUUUCUUGGCGCAACGGGAGGUUCGUACUGGAUCACGAUAUCAUCACCAAGACCGGCGCGUCCCCGUUCAUUACCUUAGUGGCCAUAGGCCCUCCGCCUCGUUUGGUGCCGAAAGAUUGCGUGUAGCGAGUCAUAUAGUUUCACGGCAAAGAGGCCAGGCUUAUAGCCUAUUCGGGCACGCUCUACAGGGGAGAAGCAAAAGGAAGCAAAAGAAUGCAGCAAGAUCUGUGUUGUAUUGCUAUCUAGAAAGGCGCAGCGGAAAGAGCGCGAAGGGGCAACUUAUGCACAUCUCAAGCAUUGUUUCCAGGAUGCUGAGCGGCAGCGGUAGCGGUUUACGACCAUCCUCUGUGACCAAUAGCUUCGUAUCAGUCCAGGACUCGACUCCAAAGCAAUGGGAACACUCCAGGGUAUUGACGAAGAACAAUGAGUACAUCGUAAGGAAGCGAGUCCUUACAAGGGUUGGUCACCCGCGUCAGUAUACGGGUAAUUCUAGGGGCCCACAGAGUAUCUGCGGGUAG